UAUCAGAGAACAAUAUUACACAACAGUCAUUCUCUUCACUGCCAGGCUUCGUUUAACAAGCUGCACUGAACGUGAAUCGCAGAAAAUAUGGCCUUUCUUUCUAUUUUAAUUGUUUUAGCCUUUCUGCAUGUCCACGGGGUAAGGAGUGCUAUCGGCUCCUCACAGAUAAACUGUGCAGCUGGAACUAAUGUCAAUGUAGGGAAAUUCCUGGAGGGAUAUAAAGGUGAUGUAGAGAUUCUCACUAAUAUCGGUCCUAAUGAUCGUCUGGUUCUGGAGGCGUAUCGCUUUCCUAUCGGCUUGGAGUAUGUGGAGCUGAUUCACUCUGAUGGAGAUCCAACUGCUACUGUACGGACCAAGAAACCCCUGGACGCUGAUGAACUGAAGGAGUACGCAGAGAAAUUAUAUUAUUCAGUCUCCUGCUCCAACACCGGGCUGAAAAACACCCGGACGAUAGAUGUUCUGGACAUCAAUGACAACCCUCCGAUCUUCCAGAGCCAGGCGUACAGCACCACAGUGUCAGAGACGACAGCUGUGGGUACAGAUGUGCUCAGGGUGAGGGCUGACGAUGCAGAUGUGUCUCCAGAAAACAACAAAAUUGCAUACUCUAUACUGUCUCCAGUACCAGACGACUUUGAAGUGAGACCGGACGGUAACAUCAGGUUGAAACAGCGCCUGAACUACAACAACGAUCAACAGUACAUCUUCACCGUGGAAGCCAGAGACAUAGGAGGACUCACUGACACAACGACAGUUACAAUAACAGUAGAAGAUUUUGACAACCUAAACCCUUAUUUUGAUCACAUUCUCUAUGAAGCAUCCAUUGAAGAAAAUCAGGCAGGACAAUUAUCAGACUUCACUCCUGAAGCCAUUAAAGCUCAAGAUGGAGACACGGGCAUCAACGAGCCUGUCGUUUACAGCAUAACAACAGUUCUUCCAAGUGAAUAUCAGAGCAUCUUUAAUAUUGACCCAAACAGUGGGGUCAUCUCUGUGACAACAGCACUUGACAGAGAGGAAAUUGACCGGAUAACCGUUUACAUACAGGCAGCUCAGCAGGAUGAUGCCAGCAAAACGGCAAACGCUGUGUUGUCUGUCCUCAUUAAAGACGUGAAUGACAACCUACCAGAGUUUGACCAGGAUGAGUAUACAGUGUCUAUUCUGGAAAAUUCACCACCGGACCAGUUUGUGCUUCAGACUAGAGUCACCGAUCAAGACCUGGGUGGGUUCUCUAAAGGGCACUUCAUCAUGGACAGUGACACAUUCGUUAUCAACAGUCAAGGAGUAAUAUCACUCAGGAGCGAUGCCACCUUGGAUAGAGAAACUACAGACAACUACAUAAUAGAGGUAAUAGCUGUAGACCAGCCUGACGAUGGUUUAAGCUCCACAACUCAGGUCAUCAUCACUGUUCUGGACAUCAACGACAACAACCCACAAUUCCUUCCUCUCCCAGACUCCAUUGAGAUUCAGGAAGGUGUUUACACGCCCUCAUCACCCGGAGAGGUGUGCGUGAUCUCAGCCACAGACUCUGACAUUGGAGAAAACGGACGUGUUUCCAUCAUUACUUACUCACACAGUGAACUCUUUAGCUUCAGAGAGGAUGGGACUCUACUAGCUAUCGACAAGCUGGAUAAAGAAAAGCAGGACGUGUACGAUGUGGUCAUCAUUGCAAUGGAUCAUGCAAUCCCACCAAGAAAUGACAUCACCACAGUGAGGGUCAGAGUCAAAGGUGUCAAUAACCACGCUCCAGUCUUCAGCUCUGAGUCCUACAGCAGAAGCAUUCUGGUUAAAGACGCCAAGGUUGGAGAGGUGCUGCUGAGAGUCUCUGCCACAGACAAAGAUGAUGGACCCAACGCAGUCAUUAGCUACAGUUUCUCUGAAGAAUCUUCUAUGGUCGCACUGGAUGCUAAUACAGGGGACAUCACUUUGACCUCUGACCUUAGUGGGGUCACAGAAGACACACUCCUCACCCUGACCGCUAUAGCAACAGAUAAAGGAACACCAGCACGGUCUGAUGAAGCCAAAGUCUUGAUCCAUUUCAAAACUGAAGGUGUGGCUUUUGAGAGCUCCUCCUACAUUUUUGCGAUCAAGGAGAACGAACCUGAGGCAACAAUAUUAGGCAAGGUCAAGGCAUUAACAGGGAGUCCACUGGCUACGGUCAGCUAUAACAUGAAGUCACAUGAGGAUCUCUUCUCUGUGGAUGAGGAAGGAACCAUAAAAGCUCUCAAGUCACUGGACAAGGAAGAAGAGGAGUGGUACUUUCUCACAGUAGAGGCCAUAGACUCUAGAUCUCCUCCAAACACUGCAGAAACAACGGUCAGCGUUCAGGUUGAGAAUGUGAACGAGGCUCCUGUGUUUGAUGCUGAAAUAUAUGAAGCCCAAAUCCCCAGUAACUCUCCAUACAAAUUCCCUUUAGUGAAGGUUCAGGCUUCAGAUCCUGAUGUGGGCGAGAGCUCCAGAUUGCAGUAUUCCUGCUGGAGCACUGUCCACUGCUGGAUGUAGAGGCACACAGCGGUCAGCUCUACAUACUAGAUGUAUCCGGUUUUGGAGACAGUCGGUUCACCUUACUGGUUAAAGCCACUGACGAACACGGACUGUUCGCAACUACAACCGUGAUGAUUGGAGUGAGUGAAGAAAAGCCUACGUUCAAACUGAAGAGGAUGAUACCAAAGAAAUGAUACUCUCGGGUUCCUCUGAUUGGAGGAGUGCUCGACAAAACAGCUCUUUCUGCUUGACAUAUUAAUUUAAAGCAUUCUUUCACAAUAAACUGUUCAUUGUGUGGUCAA